AGCGCACCAUGCGGGCUGUCAUCGCCUUGGCCGCGGCGCUGGGCAGCCUGCUGCUGGGCGGCUGUCUCCUGCGCCUCGGCGGCCAGCAGCCCCUCCGCGCCAGGGGCUGGCAGGAGGAGGAGGCAGGAGUAGCUGCUGUCACGCCGAAAGUGGUGCGAGCCCUCAGAUCCCCACUGACGCCCCUUCCUCAGACCGAGAACAGGUACGGGCUGCCCGCCCGCAGAACAACUGCUAAUAAAAAUGGAAUUUACCAGUUUGAACAGGCUUCAAAAUGUAAGGCAAUUCAGGACAACAUUUUGUCAUCAUCUAUCAAGAAGAAAAGAUAUUCGGAAGAUUAUUAUCUUCACAUAGUUACAAAACUGCAGAACUGCACCUGGAUAAGGAGACCAGAAGAAUCUACAAAAUUCAGGUCAGAAUUAGCUUCCUGCUGUGAUGCAGUUCACAAUUUUAUUGCUUCUCAAAACAACAGCCCACUGGGAAGUAACAUGAGUUAUGAAGUGGACAGUAAAAAGACCAUCCUCAUUACAGAGGACAUUUUUAAGAUGCUGCCUGUGUCCUCACCUCUUUCAGUCUAUCCCUUCAAGACCUGUGCUGUGGUUGGAAAUGGAGGCAUUCUGAAAAAUUCCAGCUGUGGAGCUGAAAUAGAUAGUUCUGACUUUGUGUUCAGGUGUAACCUUCCUCCAACCACGGGAAGCAUUAGCAAAGAUGUUGGCAAUAAAACAAACCUGGUGACUGUUAAUCCAAGUAUCAUAGCUCAGAAAUACAACAAGCUAAACGAAAAGAAGACAGAAUUUCUGGAAAACAUUGCCGUCUAUGGAGAUGCUUUUCUUUUAUUGCCAGCAUUUUCCUUCAGAAGCAACACAGCCACUUCUUUUAAAGUAUAUCACACUCUGAAAGAGUUCAAAGCAACCCAAAGGGCAAUAUUUUUUCAUCCCGCUUAUCUGAAAAGUCUUGCCCAGUUCUGGAGAACUAAGGGUGUGAAAGCCUACCGGUUGUCAUCUGGUUUUAUGAUCACUAGUGCUGCUCUUGAGCUAUGUGAGAAUGUGAAGCUCUAUGGCUUCUGGCCUUUUUCAAAAUCCACAGAGAAGAUGCCAAUCAGCCACCACUAUUAUGACAACCAACUGCCUAAACCGGGCUUCCAUGCAAUGCCCAAAGAAUACAACCAGAUCCUUCAGCUUCAUGGCAAAGGCAUUUUGAAGUUGCAGUUUGGUAAAUGUGAAUCAGACUAAAAAGGCACCUGCUACUUAUGUGUAGAGAGCUGGCUGCUGCAAGAACCUGUAUCCAUGUUAUGAGCGUUAUGGAUGGUUGCCUACCGCAACAUCCUAGUUAUAGAUCAGAGACAAAUUUGUUCCCAGAAGAGCUCCUCCUAUGCCAUAAAUCACUCACGUGGACUGCCCCUGAGUGUUUGUAACUGGAAGCUGUGCAGUGAUGUAGUUGUCCUUUGGGUGAUGCAAACAGCCCAGGUUGAGAAAAAAUAUGCCAUAUUUCAUACAGAGAGACAAAGGCACACCUGUGUUCAGGUAAGGACUGUAGCUUAUUCCAGUGCAGUGGGAUGAUCUUGGCUGUGUAGCAGCUACAUGGUUUGUCUUGGGGAAAAUUCAUACAUCUUUUAGAGGUUCUUGCAUCUGUUGUAUCCAGAACAGUUUCAAGUGGUGGAUCAAGGGUUGGACUUGAUGAUCUCGGAGGUCCCUUCCAACCCAGCUGAUUCUAUGAUUCUAUGAUUCUAAGUGCUCCAUGUGUACGUAGAGAUAAUGCAAAGGGCAUCAUUUAUUGCUCAGGCUAAAUUCAAUUAAAUACUUGGCAUGAGUAAAGGGACAAAACUUGCUUGUGUGAAGUUGGAGAUAGGGAGAGGAGAAAGUGAAAUUUAUUUGCAGCAGAGACACUUGUUAGUUAGCACCAUAUUGCAUUAUCUCAGUGAAUAAAUCUAAAUAGUGUACCAUGACACACUAUGAAGAGCUGUUACUGUGUGCCUGGACUAUUUCUGUGCAGUUAUGUUAUUUAAAACACAUAUGUACUGGUAACUGGAAAGAUUAUUGGAAUACAUUUUAAGAGAAGUUUAGCCAAAAAGAAGAAACCUAUUCUAGCUUCCUUGAUGAGAAAAGAUCUUAACUGAAGAAAUGUGAUGUAGCACUCAAAUGAGAGCAAAUGGAAAGCUCUGUAGCAUGGACAGACACUUUGACUUUUUAGCACUGUUUCCACAGAAUUUAAACUUGCCGUUGACCUGAAGACCUGAUCUUUCAUGCUCUCAAAGCCCUCAGUGAUUUGUGUGGAGCAUAGGACUGAUAAGAAGUGCAUGGAGGAAUUGUUAGCCUUUCUUACCCUUUUCUACAGAAUGCUCUUAACUCCUUUUAGAAUAAAAAUAUGCCCUGUUGGGCUUUAGAUUAAGAACCUCAGGCCUUGCUCCAGACAUGAAGUUAUUAUGAGAUAUUAGUUGCAUCCACUUUUCUCUACAAGAGUGCAGACCUUGUACUCAGCUUUAUUAUAGCUACUGGUGCUGUGUGCUUGGUGGCUGGGUCAUGUUAAUUUGUGCACAGACUGGAAAGCUAAUAGUGGCAUUUCUGUGUGACAGGGUAGAGUUAGAUUGAUCAAGACUUGCUAAAGUACACUCACUGUGGGAAAUUAUGUUUUCCUGGGUAGCUGAAUAAAUUAUCUCUCAUUUAUUUUACAUCUGUGCCAGGUUAAUGUUGAAUAAAUGGAUUUUGUAUCUGGCUCAGAAUGUUUAUGACACUUUUGCAAGACUGAGCCAACUACAGUUUUGAUUAAGGAUUCUUGUCCAAAAGUUAGGAAGGACCUUUCAGUUCCCUCUAUUUCACAUGAGGAAUAUUCAUUUUUAGGGUUUGUGGGCCUCCACUGCUGUCACAUGCUGUGGAAUGAAUAUUGAGAUUAAAUGGUUUUCUAAAUAUAGAGACACUGACAACAUGCUAAUAGUUCCAUUGUACCUCUGCAGAGGCUGGCAGUGUCCUUGCACAUGACUGCAUCACAGCAUUAUUACAUUAAAGCCUGAUUGGCUGCUUUUAUUCCUUCUCCCCUUAAUCUCUAAUGUUGCAUCUUCCUUUAGGAUCCAGUGCUGCCUUGAAUUGGUUUCUUGUCUUUCCCCAUGGAGUACUAUUUAGUCCUGUUUAGUGUCUGUUAGGGAAUUUGUGUGAUUAUGAAUCAAAUGCUGCUAUGCUUGCAGCAUAGUAAAACAUACUUUAAGUGACUUGGUUUACACUUCAAGGAAGGCAACUUGGUGGGAUAUUCAUGUUGCCUAACUGGAGGUGCUAAAUUUGGUCUGUAGCUGCAUGGUGACUUAAACUGUAAUGCCUGGCUACACAGUCCAGUUCUCAUUCUUGUGCUGCACCCCUUCCUUUGUGCUGUCUCUGGCUCUUGCCUGAUCCUACACUCAGCUGUUGUGGCACACUGAGAUGGCAAAACCCUAACAUGGUAACAGAAAGAGAAAAUUUGUUCAUGCUAACAGAGCCAGAGGAAUUCAGACUCAAAAGAAAGGAAGAGAUGAGACCAUGCAGGUGGGAUCGUAGGAACACAACAGGGGCCAUUUGUUAUCUGACAGCUGUUGGGCAGGUCCAGUGGUUCCCUGAGAGCUUGGUCAAGUGCAGAAGUAAAAAUCUCUGGGGGCCUUCCUGGUCAGAAGGGAGAGAUGGGCUCUUGCAAGGGGGGAUCGCAGCAUGACAGCUGUUUUGGUGGGCAGGAGCCCGUCUCUCCCUGUGGUGCCAAAAGAUGAUGAAGGUACCUACACUAAGAACUCUAGGUGUCUACACUGCUUGAUUAUUGCUCCCCAUUCUCUCUUUACAAUUACAGUCAUUUUAACAAGCUGUUCACCACAAAAAGAUUCAGAAAUGAUAAGUAUAAAAAAUUCUCAGUUCACUGACGGUAAACUUAUAUAAACUUGCUUGUUAUUCAGCAUGCCUUUGCUAUCAAUCACUUCUAAUCCUAGCAUCUCAAACAGCAUCUGCAGAGAACAGAGCUGCAUGAGGUCUAGAGGGUUUGGGACCAGUUACUCUCACUUUGAUUCUCUUUCCUUUGUACAGUAGUGAGAUGACUGACCUUAGCACCAUGCUUGAAACAAGAUGAAAUUCUCUGUCCUGUGUGAUUUGAGAAAGGAAACUAAAUUAUCUAGGUGACCUAGAACCCUCUGUGGAUCCCAAAAUUAGUAGCAAAAUAUUCCUGCUGUUAUGUAUUAUUUGAUUUUGUUCAGCGCAAGUAUCUGGAUAAGUUAAUUGGUCUGGGUUAAUUGAUCAUGUACACCUUGAACCUGCACAGACUCUGUGAUGGAGCUACAGCCUGACAUAGCA